CUAGAUUCUCGAUAACAACAUUCCUCUCUCCAUCUCUCUCUUCAAGAUAGUUUUUUGAAUCUGGGAAACACACAGUCUCUCUCUCUCUCUCCAUACCUUUCUCCGAUCUUAUCUUCGGUCCUUGUUCAUCGAAAUGGCGCAGCUUCCAUGCGACGGCGGCAACGGGAACUGCUCGCUAUGCAAGUCGAUUCCUCUCCCCGAGGAAUCUCUGACUUGCAGCUUAUGCGGCACUCCAUGGCACGUUCCUUGCCUCUCUUCGCCUCCCGAAUCCCUCGCCUCCACUCUACAGUGGCAUUGUCCUGAUUGUACCGGCGAAAUCGAUCCGCUCCCCGUUUCCGGCGAACCCGAUGGUGGCUCAGAACUUUUAGCCUCGAUCCGCGCGAUCGAGGCCGACGACUCUCUGACUGACGCAGAUAAGGCUAAGAAGAGGCAAGAGCUACUUGGCGGUAAGGCCGAUGGUGACGAAGACGAGAAAAAGAGCUCGGGUCUCAAUGUUGAUGUGUUGGCCGCCUUCGGAGAAAACCUAGAAUGCUCUUUCUGUAUGCAGUUGCCUGAGAGGCCAGUAACUACACCAUGUGGGCACAACUUUUGCUUAAAGUGUUUUGAGAAGUGGCUAGCUAGAGGACGCCGGACUUGUGCCAAAUGUCGCAGUGCAAUUCCUGCAAAAAUGGCAAGCAAUCCUCGGAUCAACGCUUCCCUUGUCUCUGCUAUUCGUUUGGCCAAAGUUUCCAAGAGUGCUGCAUCUGUGGCUACUGCAAACGUUUAUCAUGCCAUUGCUAACCAAGACCGACCGGAGAAAGCAUAUACAACCGAUCGUGCUAAGAAGACCGGCAAGGCAAAUGCUGCAAGCGGCAGGAUCUACGUGACGAUUCCAUCCGACCAUUUUGGUCCGAUACCAGCUGAGAAUGAUCCUGUCCGAAAUCAAGGAGUUUUGGUCGGUGAAUCCUGGGAGGAUAGGAUGGACUGUAGGCAGUGGGGAGCUCACUUCCCACACAUUGCUGGUAUUGCUGGACAGUCGAAAUAUGGAGCUCAGUCUGUAGCACUCUCUGGCGGCUAUGUAGAUGAUGAGGAUCAUGGAGAAUGGUUUCUCUACACUGGAAGUGGAGGAAGAGACCUUAGCGGAAACAAACGGACUAACAAGGCUCAGUCGUUUGACCAGGUGUUUGAGCACUCAAAUGAAGCUCUAAAACUAAGUUGCGAAAUGGGUUAUCCCGUUCGUGUUGUCAGGUCUCACAAGGAGAAACGUUCUGCAUAUGCCCCUGAGGUAGGAUUGAGAUAUGAUGGGGUUUACAGGAUCGAGAAGUGCUGGCGAAAAGUUGGAGUGCAGGGUUCUUUUAAGGUCUGUCGAUACCUCUUUGUUAGGUGUGACAAUGAGCCAGCACCAUGGACAAGUGAUGAGCAUGGAGAUCGGCCAAGACCAUUGCCAAACGUUCCAGAGCUUAAGAUGGCAACAGACCUGUUUGAAAGAAACGAGAGUCCAUCAUGGGAUUUCAAUGAAGGUGAGGGUCGUUGGGUAUGGACAAGGCCUCCACCUCCUAGUCAAAAGCCAGUUCAUGCUUUGGAUGCUAAAGAGACGAAGAGUCUGAGGAAAGCCAUUAAAGCGGCACACUCGAAUUCUACCAGCAAAAAACUUCUCAACGGUUUGAAGUCCAACUCUCUGCUUCUGCUGUUAUCAAUUUCUGUUGUGGUUUGUGUUGUGCAGUCCAUGCGUUAUAUCACUUCUUCACUGGUUUAUCAAACUGUUGUUGGAUAUAAUCGUUGUUGUGUUGAUGCAGAGUUUAAGUGCCUAAUCUGUAAGGACGUGAUGACUCUUCCUGUCACAACGCCUUGUGGUCAUAGCUUUUGCAAAGGAUGCUUAGAAAAGGGAUUCGCUGGGAAGACACUUGUGAGGGAAAGAAGCAGAGGUGGACGGACACUUCGUGCACGGAAGAACAUCAUUAACUGCCCUUGUUGCCCCACAGACAUUGCUGAGUUUCUCCAGAACCCACAGGUCAAUACAGGAGUAAUGGAGGUGAUUGCGAAGCUGCAGAACAUGGAAAAAGCGGAAGGCGCAAGUGUAGAUGAAAAGGAAGAGAAAGCGGAGACAGAGCCUGAAGAAGAAACUCCGAUAGUGACUGAAGAAGCUGAACCACCGAGGAAAAGGGCCAAAAAGUUGACUCUGACACAGUAGUUUCUGCGACUGCCGUGGAAUCUGUCAUGAACUAGAUUGGUCGUGAGCCUUUGUAAAGGCCUUUUUCUUUUUCUUGGAUCGAGAGACAAAAAGGUUUUUUUGUUUGUUUUGUUUUGGAACAUAAGACCGAAACACUCUAGUAUCUGAUUCGCUGUUUUCGGUACGCAGCAGUUGUGUAACCUAUCGCUAAGUAAGUUCGAAUUAUAAAACUUUAGAACUUGGUUUCACUAAUUAUAUUACCAGUCUAUUUUAUGAGCGU